GUUCCGGUCACAUCCGCCAUUUCGGUGGAGACUGGAAAGCCAUUGUUAUUAGCUAAAAUUACCGCAGUGGUGAAAGUAUCGACUAUAAAUUCGCCAAUUUUAGUAACAAUCUCGAUUUAAGGUUUAAGACUUAAAGAUAUGUAUUCUAAGAGCAAGUAACGUCGAGAAAAACAUACUUUAAGGCGUUUUCUUUGCGCGUCGGAUACCGUGAAUUUGUCCGCUUUCUCCUGUAGCGUUAGCUUAGCAUCAGGAAGACCGCAAGCUGUUUACCGAAGAUUUCAGCGUUCCUUGCAACAAUAUCCGAACCUAGUUUUAAAUUCAGUAAAUAAAUUUGAGCCCUUCAUAUUUUCCACCUUCUGUUAAACCGUCACGCUGUCCGCCGUUGCGCAGGAUUCGGUGAAGAGUGAAGGAGAGAUGGCGAGCUCGGUGGGGAACGUGGCUGAUAGCACAGAACCAACCAAACGUAUGCUUUCCUUCCAAGGGUUGGCAGAGCUGGCGCACCGUGAAUAUCAGUCAGGAGAUUUUGAGGCGGCUGAACGCCACUGUAUGCAGCUGUGGAGGCAGGAGCCGGAUAAUACUGGUGUACUGUUGCUGCUCUCCUCUAUCCACUUCCAGUGUCGCAGGCUUGACAGGUCUGCCCACUUUAGCACUCUGGCCAUCAAGCAGAACCCCAUGCUGGCUGAGGCCUACUCUAACCUGGGCAACGUUUACAAGGAACGGGGUCAACUUCAGGAGGCCAUCGAUCACUACCGCCAUGCGCUCCGUCUCAAACCAGACUUCAUCGAUGGAUACAUCAACCUGGCAGCAGCUUUGGUGGCAGCAGGGGACAUGGAGGGAGCAGUUCAAGCAUAUGUGUCCGCUCUCCAGUACAAUCCUGAUCUGUAUUGUGUGCGCAGUGACUUGGGUAACCUGCUUAAAGCGCUUGGGCGCCUUGAAGAGGCAAAGGCUUGUUACCUGAAGGCAAUUGAAACCCAGCCAAACUUUGCCGUGGCCUGGAGUAACCUGGGCUGCGUGUUCAAUGCCCAGGGGGAGAUCUGGCUGGCCAUACAUCAUUUUGAAAAGGCAGUGACCCUGGACCCUAACUUUUUGGAUGCUUACAUCAACUUGGGCAAUGUUCUGAAAGAGGCUCGUAUAUUUGACAGAGCUGUUGCUGGUUAUCUGCGUGCCCUCAGCCUGAGCCCUAACCAUGCUGUUGUCCAUGGAAACCUGGCGUGUGUGUACUAUGAGCAGGGAUUGAUUGACCUGGCCAUUGAUACUUACCGUCGUGCCAUUGAAUUGCAGCCACACUUUCCUGAUGCAUACUGCAAUCUCGCUAAUGCACUGAAAGAGAAAGGCAAUGUUUCUGAAGCUGAAGAGUGUUACAACACUGCGCUGCGUCUGUGCCCGACUCACGCCGACUCUCUUAACAAUCUGGCCAACAUCAAGCGUGAGCAAGGCAACAUUGAGGAAGCUGUGCAACUCUACAGAAAAGCACUGGAGGUGUUCCCUGAAUUUGCCGCUGCCCAUUCAAACCUGGCCAGUGUCCUGCAGCAGCAGGGGAAACUUCAGGAAGCUCUCAUGCACUAUAAGGAAGCAAUCAGAAUCAGCCCCACAUUUGCUGAUGCUUACUCUAACAUGGGCAACACUCUGAAAGAGAUGCAGGAUGUUCAGGGGGCGCUACAGUGCUACACUCGAGCCAUUCAGAUCAACCCUGCUUUUGCAGGCCACAGUAACUUGGCUUCAAUACACAAGGAUUCUGGGAACAUUCCUGAAGCGAUUGCAUCGUACCGCACUGCCCUGAAGCUCAAGCCUGACUUCCCUGAUGCUUAUUGUAACCUGGCUCACUGUCUGCAGAUUGUAUGCGACUGGACUGACUAUGAUGAGCGCAUGAAGAAGCUGGUGAGCAUUGUGGCUGAUCAACUGGAUAAGAACCGCCUGCCAUCCGUGCAUCCCCAUCACAGCAUGCUCUACCCCCUCUCUCACGGUUUCCGCAAGGCAAUUGCAGAGAGACAUGGCAACUUGUGUCUGGAUAAGAUCAAUGCUCUUCAUAAACCUGCCUACGAGCAUCCAAAGGACUUGAAGGCCAGUGGAGGCCGUUUGCGUGUGGGUUACAUUAGCUCUGAUUUUGGCAACCAUCCCACUUCUCACCUGAUGCAGUCCAUCCCUGGCAUGCACAACUCUGAGAAGUUCGAGGUGUUUUGCUAUGCUCUCAGCCCAGAUGACAGCACCAAUUUCAGAGUUAAAGUCAUGGCAGAGGCUCAUCACUUCAUUGACCUCUCACAGAUCCCCUGUAACGGAAAGGCAGCAGACAGGAUCCAUCAAGAUGGAGUCCACAUCCUGGUCAACAUGAAUGGUUAUACUAAAGGAGCACGCAAUGAGCUUUUCGCAUUGCGCCCUGCACCCAUUCAGGCCAUGUGGCUUGGAUACCCAGGCACCAGUGGAGCUCCGUUCAUGGACUACAUUAUCACUGAUAAGGAGACGUCUCCUUUUGAGGUUGCAGAGCAGUACUCUGAGAAAAUGGCCUACAUGCCCAACACUUUCUUCAUCGGAGAUCAUGCCAAUAUGUUCCCUCACCUCAAGAAAAAAGCGGUGAUAGACUUCAAGUCAAAUGGCCAUAUUUUUGACAACCGCAUUGUACUGAAUGGCAUUGAUCUGAAAGCCUUCCUGGAAAGCUUGCCAGAUAUCAAAAUUGUGAAGAUGGAAUGUGAUGGUCAAGAGUCCACUGACAGUAAUGGUGCCCUCUCCAUGCCCGUCAUUCCUAUGAACACAGCCGCUGAGGCCAUCAUUAACAUGAUCAACCAGGGCCAGAUCCAGGUCACCAUCAAUGGCUUUACGGUCAGCAACGGCCUGGCCACCACUCAGAUUAACAACAAAGCAGCAACAGGAGAAGAAGUUCCCAGAACAAUCGUGGUGACCACCCGCUCGCAAUAUGGCCUCCCUGAAGACUCUAUUGUCUAUUGCAACUUCAACCAGCUCUACAAGAUUGACCCUCCCACCCUGCAGAUGUGGGCCAAUAUCCUGAAGCGUGUGCCCAACAGUGUGAUUUGGCUGCUGCGCUUCCCAGCCGUGGGUGAGCCCAAUAUCCAACAGUACGCUCAGAACCUGGGCCUGCCUGCCUCUCGCAUCAUCUUCUCCCCUGUGGCUCCCAAAGAGGAGCAUGUGAGACGCGGACAGUUGGCUGAUGUGUGCCUGGACACGCCGCUCUGUAACGGACACACCACAGGCAUGGAUGUGCUGUGGGCUGGUACCCCCAUGGUUACUAUGCCAGGAGAGACUCUGGCUUCCCGUGUCGCUGCCUCUCAGCUCACCUGUCUUGGCUGCCCUGAGCUCAUCGCCCCAAGCCGUCAGGAGUAUGAAGACGUUGCUGUGAAGCUUGGCACUGAUAUGGAAUUCCUGAAGAAGGUCCGCGCCCGCGUGUGGAAGCAGCGCAUCUGCAGCCCACUCUUCAACACCAAACAGUACACCAUGGACCUGGAGAGACUCUACCUGCAGAUGUGGGAGCAUUACGCCGCUGGAGGCAAACCCGACCACCUGGUCAAAAUGCAGUCUCUGGAGAGCAGCGAGAGCGCCUAAGCGAAGCUUGUCCCUGCAUGUCCCCCGUCCCCCAGUAUGUGACCAUCACAGAGACUCUAUGGAGCCUACAGGUGACUACGAUCCCAGCCAGCUUUUGUUCCCAUGAGCCUGAGUGGACAGCAGGAUGCACAAAGCUGCUCCACUGAGACUCCUCCCCCUUUCCCAUCGUCUGACUAAAUUGUUGUUGAUUGGCUCCACUUUCGUUUUGUUUGUUUCUCUGCUUCUAAAGGACUUUUCUGUAACUGAAGUGGACUUUGUGGAAAAAAGUGGGGUCUGAAAUGAGAAGGGGCAGUCUUACAAUAAUUCAGAAAUAUAUAAACAUAAUCAUCACAGAUAUGGGCUUUUUUUAGUUAGGUUAUGUGCUUCUUGACCUAUUUUAGCUUUCUGUCAUCAUGACUUCAAUCUGAGUGGCGGAUGCAUACCUCAGAUCACCGAUCUUUUUGCCAACAUUUCCGUAUGCUAUCGAUAGAGAAAAUGUCCUCUUUUUCAAAACAUGCAAUGUGAACACGUGUCUUCUUACACGCUGACAGAAGGCCUGCAGACCGCUCAAGUACUGACUCCUGAUUUUUCUUUCUUUUUUAUGAUUUUACCAGGAAAUGUCUAGGUAAGUAUGUUCUAAGCUGUUUUGGUUUUGUACACUGUCUUCCUAUUAACUCGUUUUAUUUAUGCACUGUCGGUGUCAAUUCUGCAAGGCUCUUUACAUAAACUGAAAUAAAGAGAUGUGGCAAACCUUGAA